AUGCCCAGAGGUAGUGUUGUGCAGAUGUCUCUGCUACCGGACCGUUCGACGGCGCCUGGGCGGACUCCAAACGCCCGGAGCCCUACUACUUGCCGCCCUCUGGACCUGUCGUGUCCCACCUGCCACCAGCUGAGCCGGGGCACGACGGGGCUGGACGGGGCAGAUGCGAUGUACAUUCUCUUGUACCUUUUCGACGCCAUCACCAUGUCCUCAUCUCAUGCAAGCACAGUGUCGGGCUCCUCUCCAGCGCAAACCACGUCUUCUCCCUCGAUGGACAACUCGUCUAACGCUGUCGCUGCUGUUAAGUCUGUCGGCAAGCCUGCCGACGCCGUCAUGGAAGCCGUGUCUUUCCCCGCGGCUGGUACUUCGUCCAGCAUUGUCACCGCCGACAACCGCACAAGAUCGAUCAGUAACAUAAAGUGA